AUGGCCUCGCUGGCGCGGAUACGCAUCGCUCGUAGACUCCCUGCCUCCCUCUCAACGCGGGCGCGUCAGAUACACACGACGUCAGACACGACGCAGCUGCACGACAAGCCCGCCGACCUCUCCCAGCCUAUCACCGUCAAGCUCCAUGAAGACUCCUUCCGUGCCUACCUCUGCGACAAGCCCGAGCUCGAGCUGGAGGUAACGAAGGACGAGCUGCUGACAAUGUACAAGGAGAUGCAGACGAUGCGACGGAUGGAGAUGGCGGCGGAUGCGCUGUACAAGGCGAAGCUGAUUCGAGGGUUUUGUCAUUUGGCUAUUGGGCAGGAAGCAGUCUCAGUCGGCCUCGAGCACGGCAUCACCCCAAACGACCGCGUCAUAACCGCGUACCGCUGCCACCCCUUCGCCGUCAUGCGCGGCGGCACCAUCAAAGGCGUCAUCGGCGAGCUCCUCGGUCGCCAAUGCGGCAUGUCUCGGGGCAAGGGCGGCUCCAUGCACAUCUUCACCCCCACCUUCUUCGGCGGGAACGGUAUCGUCGGUGCGCAGGUGCCCAUCGGCGCCGGGGUCAGCUUCGCACAGAAGUAUAUGGGCGAGAAGACGUGUACGUUUGCGCUGUAUGGGGAUGGGGCGAGUAAUCAGGGGCAGGUGUUUGAGGCGUUUAAUAUGGCCAAGCUGUGGAAUCUCCCCACCAUCUUCGUCUGCGAGAACAACAAGUACGGAAUGGGCACCUCCGCUGCUCGCUCCUCGUCCAACACCGAGUACUUUACCCGCGGUGACAAGAUCCCCGGCCUCCAGGUGAACGGGAUGGACAUCAUCGCGGCCAAGCAGGCCGUCCAAUACGCCCGGAAGUGGGCCGUCGACGAGGAUAAAGGUCCGCUGCUCCUCGAAUUCGUGACGUACCGCUACGGAGGGCACUCGAUGUCCGACCCCGGCACGACCUACCGCACACGCGAAGAAGUCCAGCGCAUGCGGUCCACCCAAGACCCCAUCCGCGGGCUGCAGAACUACCUGCAAGAGUGGGGUUUGGCGAGCGAGCAGGAGUUGAAGCAGUUGGAUAAGGAGGCGAAGGCGGCGGUGGAUAGCGCGGUGGAGGAGGCGAAGAGGAGCCCGGAGCCGGGCGUGGAGGAGCUAUGGCGGGAUGUGUAUUUUGGGGGGACGGAGCCUGCGGUUGGGAGGGGGAGGGAGAGGGAGGAGGUGCACCGAUACUAA